UUUUAUUAAUAAUUAAGAGAGGAAACACUAUACAUAAAUAACAUCACCUAGAUUUCAAAGUUUGCUAAAUGUUCGGGACAGUCACUCUGAACAUAAAGCUUAUUGUUUUUACAUUAAGCUCCAAAUUAAAAUAAAAAAGCAAGGAAUUGCUUCUAUAUUGGGUUAAGUAGUGAUUAUCCUCCGAUUUAUCUAUAAUACAUAGACAGACGGAUUCAUAAGUGGUAGAACAAAAGGUCUAGAGUCUGUUGGUUAGUUUGUCUUGGUCUGCAGCUGGUAAUAAUACCUGUCAGGCAUGCAGCAGCUCAGUGUAAUGAUAACACCAAGUGUAGAGUUACCAGCCCGAUUCUGCAGCAGUGUUGCUGAGCAACAUCAGAUAACUUUAAAGACUAGCCCAGAUCAAGUUAGCCACCUGUUCUCAGAUCUGGUUUUCAUUUGGCAGCUUCAGCACCCCGGAUAGAGACUGGGCCCAGUAAACAGCUCAGUCAGGGUCGACAAUUAGUUUUAUGUGCUUGUUUUCUUGGAGGAGUCAGAAUGACUUGAAAUAAGGAGAGAAGAUGCACACAAAUUGAGCAACAUAAGAGCAGGUCUGUAAGCAUGUCAGAGUCCUUUUAGAGGAAUGUUCAGGAAGCUCAAUAAUGCGUUCCGACCCAACCAUCAUCGAACCAGAGGCCGGGAUGACGUUAGGCUUCAGGACAACUAUCACAACGCCUGCACGGUCCGACUGGUCCGCAGCACCUCGAUGCUGGUGGUGGGGGAGAAAAGUCACUCCUCCGAAGGGUCAACUCUGAAACGGAGCAAGAGCAGUGUGAGCAUCGAGUCGACUCUGUACUAUUAUCAAAGACAAGAGGACAGGAUUUGGCUGUACUCACAGAACCAGAACUGUCUGGAGUACCUGGAGGCACUGGUGGCUUUGAGGAGGCAGUAUACUAAGAGUGUUAGUGACCUGAAGAGCAAUGAUGCCAGGGCUGAAAUAUUUCCAAAGAAGAAACCCGCACCUUCACCUCCAAAGCUGGAGGAGCCGAUAUCAGGAGCCAAACCAUCAAGACCUUCAGUCUCCACAGAGGAGGAUACUCUGCAGUUCUUUGACGAGGUUAUCGCCAGCUGUGACAGCGAACUUCUGCGUAAACCCUACAGGGACAAUGGCCACGCAGAUGUGGACUUCAUAGUGGCCUCCAGCUCAGCUGAGCACGACCUCCACUCCAACUGGGUGUUGAGGGUUCCGCGGGUCACAGACAACUCCGAACACAAAGCGGUUCCCAACUGUGCCAAUGAAAGAGCCUCAAAGAAGAAGAAGGACCAGGUCGGUUCCACAAGCAGCAGACUACGACUUCAGAGGAACCCGAUCCACCUGCCCAAAGUGGUGGCCAGUGCCUUCCAGACGCUGCGCUUUAAGCCCAAAUUAAAAAAGCAGUGAAGCUUAAAUAGACAUUUGAAACCAGCCGCACUGCCAGACUGUUACUAGACUGUUACACACCAACACUACAGCAUUUUACAGUGGCUCGCAAAAGUAUUCAUACUCCUUGAACUUUUUCACGUUUUGUCCCAUUAAAACCGCAAACUUCGAUGUAUUUUAGAUUUUAUCUGGCAGCAUAAAGUAGUGCAUAAUUAUGAAAUGGAAGGAAAAUUGAUUCAUAAAUUCCUGAACUUUAUAAUAAUAAUAAUAAAUAAAUUUUAGGGGCCCUGACUUAUCCCCCUUUAACCUGAUAUUUCUAAGUAAAAUCCAAAAACAAUAGCCCAAGCUAUGAACAUGGCAAAACGUACGACACUACUGCAAACCCACCAAGACAUGGCUGUCUACCUAAACUGCCAGGCUGGGCCAAAAGAGCAUUAAUAAGAGUUGCAGCCAAGAAGACCAUGAUAACUCUGGAGAGAUCCAAAGCUCAAAUGUAAGAGACUGUUGAAGACAACUAGUAAUCUUACACCACAAAUCUGGCCAUUAUGGAAGAAGAGUGGUAAGGAGAGACCCAUUGUUGAAAGAGUUCUAUUUUCAGUUUGCUAUAAACUAUUUAGGAGACACAAACAUGUGGAAGAAGGUGCUCUGUUCAGAUGAGAUCAAAACUGAACUUCUUGGCCUAGAUGCAAAACGCAAAGAGCAAAAGAAAACAAAAAACGUCUACUGCACAUGACCCUGAAUCUGCGUUGUGAAACAUGGUGUGGCAACAUCAUGUUGUGGAGAUGCUUUUCUUUAGCUGGGACAAGCUCAGCCAGUAGGCAAUAAUUGAGUGAUUUACAGAAAUAAAGUUGAAAAUUGAUGUCCACAGAUAUUGUCCAUCCAAUUUGAAUGAGCCUUAGCUGGUUUUGCAAAGCCGAAUAGGAAGAAAUGACAGGCUUUAGAUGUGCAACGCUGAUGGAGACAUGUCCUGAAAGACAUGCAGCUGUAAUUGUAGUGGAAAGUAGUUCAACAGAGAAUCGACUGGAGUGGUUGAAACAAAUGUAUAUCAGACUUUUUACAUUUAUAUGUGAUGUAUCUGAUAUUUCACCAAAAAUCUAAAGAAAACACAUUAACAUUUGUGGUUUUAGAAAACUGGGUGCAGACACAUUUUCGUGGUAAUAAGUGUGUACAACAAAAUAAACACUGAAUCUUCCCCAAGUUAUAAAUGGGACACCUUACUUAACAUAAACCUGAAACUGAAGCUGUAAAUAAGAUUUUUUUAUAUCUUGCUGUAUGAAUGUUUCACAACAGUUUAACCUUCUACUGUCUGUAAUAUCAGAUGUACUAUAGAGCACGAAAAUAAGGGAUGGUUCUGCAGUGGUCUAACUUAAAAUUUUUAAAAAGGUCUCAGUUUCUUCUGACAUCUCGAGAUCACGUUGGCCAAAAGGUUAAUAGAAUUUCUUUCAAAAAGCCUUUUGAACUGAACUGAGUAAGAUUGAUGUUUAAUACUGUGGCGGAUGUGGAGGUUUGGCUGAUUACAGUUUAAAGUCCAGACCUGAGACUUUCUGCUUCUUUGAGGUAUCAAAAGCAAUUUUUGAAAAGCAACGACUCCUUUCAAGUUCAGUGUCAGAGACUGCUACAUAAAUUAAUGUUUUGUUUGAGAGGUGGACCCAGCGAGGCCAAGUUCAAGGCCCCCUGGCUAUGAGAAAAGCUUUAAACCACCUCGACCUUAGAGUAAUAAUCCAUGCUAAAGGUAUACAGGUCUCACACAAGAAGGGUGAAAGAAUAAAUCUGAAAAGCUUAAAUACUAUCCAGAGUUAUUGACUUAUCUGGUUCUUUUUAACUAUGUUCUCACAUACUUGUCUUUCACUCUUCUGAUACAUUUAUAACAGAAAGAAUAGGUUAGAUUCAAUUUUCAAAACUCAA